AUUCAUUAAAAUCAUUCUAUGAUUUAAAAUGGCCACCACAUGUUAUAAAGUUGGAGAUUAUGCAUACUUUGAAGUAUCGCCUUCUUCUCCCUAUGCUAUUAGGCGCAUUGAAGAGCUUAUUAAGGCUAAUAAUGGGAUAGAAGCUAGAGUUAUGUGCUUUUAUAGAAGAAGAGAAAUCCCAUCUACACUUUUACAAUUAGCAGAUAAACAUCAAAGUAUAUUUGAUGAUGAAAAUGAUGUUGAUCGGUCAGAAAAUUAUUCUUCCCAAGAAAAAUAUCAACUUAAACUUAAAGAACUCUUUUUAUCUAGACAAUACGAAACAUUGCCCAUAAGUCAGAUAAGAGGCAGAUGCACAGUUUAUCUUUUACAUGAAACAGAAGAUUUGCUCUCUUAUCUCCAAAAACCAGAUACCUUCUUUUAUUCUUUGGUAUAUGAACCACAUCAAAAAACUUUAUUGGCUGAUAGAGGUGAGAUUAGAGUUGGGCCAAGGUUUCAAGCUGAAGUUACCUCUAUGCUACCAGCAAAUGCAAUUGAUACUAGAAAUUUGCCAGAUUUAGAGACAUUGAUUUGGGACCCCAAUAAUUUGCUUACUGAUACUCAAAUUGAUCAGUUUAUGAUUAUAACUAGAUCUGUUGGAACCUUCGCUAGAGCUUUGGACAGCGCUAGCUCUGUCAAACAACCAUCUCUGCACUUAUCUGUCGCCUGUGCCUCCCGCGAUUCUACCCUCAUAUUCUCGCUGGACACGCUUCACAAGAGUCGUUACGAUAUAUCCCUAGCUAUCUCUCGUUUGGUUCCCUCUACAGGCCCCGUGCUCUGCCGGGACGAGAUGGAGGCCUGGUCAACGGCAGAGGCGAAUUUGUUCGAGGAGGCUCUUGAGAAAUAUGGCAAAGAUUUUAUGGAUAUUCGCAGGGAUUUUUUCCCUUGGAAAUCAUUAAGAAGCAUAGUCGAAUACUAUUACAUGUGGAAAACGACGGAUAGAUACGUCCAGCAAAGAAGGCUAAAAGCCAUAGAGGAAGAAAAGCGACUCAAAGAAAUUCAAUUACCUUCUAAUAAAUCAUUCUCAAACCCCCAUGCCAUUGAAAAUCAACCCUCUGGAAAACCUUGCGAAAGCUGCAAUGCUACUCAAACAUCUCAAUGGUACACUUGGGGCUCGACCACCAGUCCUUCCCGUCUUUGCAGCGACUGUUAUAAUUUUUGGAAAACGCACGGUGGUCUUAAACAACCUCCUAUCGAGGGCGAAAGACAAGGUUUGGCUACUCAAUUAACAGAUCUGCAAUACCCUUGCACCGAAUGUAACAAGGUUUUUCACAGACAAGAAAGAUUAUUUGCCCACAUGUCUGCUCAUCGGCCUUACAAAUGCAACAUUCAAAGUUGUGAUAAGGAAUUCAAGAUGAAAAGUCUUCUAGCUCGCCAUAUAGCAUCUCAUCACCAAUCCGCCCUCAAUUUUCCCCACCCUUCCCUCUCUGCUAAUCCAUCACUCCUGACCUCUCCCUUAUCUCUCUCAAACCAUCCCUCCUCUAAUCACAUUUCCAGUUCCUUAUCCAACAGCGAAUCUAAUAAUAGUCAUUUUAAUAUCGGCGGGCAUCAUUAUCCCAGAAUUAUACUGAAGACAAAGGCCGCAUUUUACCUUAAAACUACUCCGCUGACAAAACUUUCAAGAGCGCUUUGUAAGCAAAGUUUGAGACUUAAACACGUGGCUAGGAGACCAUUUACUUUCGUUAAUAUGCCAGCUAUCAAAGGAGAAUGUCAAGAAAAAAUAUUGGAAAUGAAUCAAUCAACUUCCCCUAACUCAAACACAAACUUCGUGCACCAUUCAAACUCGCACAUCCAUCACGCCAAAAUGAUUCAGAAUACUAAAGCCCUCUAUGGGGACAAUAAUACAUUUUUAAACGCUGGGUCUUCAGUUAAUGGUGAUAGUUCCCAAACCAAGACAUCGGUUAAAGUUCGAUCUCUACAACAUCCUGAAGCUAUCUCUACGAAUUCUUACAAUCGUAAGCAAGAACAACCUUUCCAACUUCUAACAGAUAAGAACAAUCGAUUUCAUAACAAACAGAAUUAUUUGAGCACCAAUAAAGGAAAAAGAAGUAUAGAGAUUUCUACUGAUGAAGAAAUGACAGAUGGCAAAAGGAUUAAAAUGAGUGGAUCCACCUAUAUACCUAAGUUAUCGAUCAACAUACCCCAGAAAAGAAACGUUAAUUCGUUUAUAGACGCUCCGGAUGAUCUUUAUUUUGUAGCCAAUGGGUUGAUUAGGAAAAUGCGAAGAAAAUUGAAUCAAACAAUUGUCAAGAAAUCGUGUCGCCGAAUGGGAAUACUUGUAGGAAUAUAGACCAUAGAUUCUUAUAAAAAAAUCAAUCAUUCAUUUCAUAUUCUAUAUUUUGUUAAACUUUUAUGUAUCAAUGUUUUUUCUUUUGAAAAUGCCUCCUUGUUUAUAUUGGUUCUAAUUUAACUCUCCACUUUUGGUUGGAAUUGAGUUAAUGCCUUAGGCCUAUCCUUCGAGUGACUGAUAUGUUUUAAAUUAUAUAAUCCAUCCUUUUUAUAGAUAUUGCACCAAUUAUAUUAUAUUUAUAAUGCAAAUCCUUUUUUUUAAAAGCCUUAAUAAUUAAUCAUUUUUUAUCUUCAAUGAUUAUGAUAAACAUUGAAAUUCUUCCUUUCACAUUUUUUAAAAUAUUAUUUAAUUUUUAUAGGAUAAGUUAUUUUCAUAUUUCUUCAAAAAUUAACUCACUCUUGACUAAGAUAUCGAUGUUUAGCCUCACUUCCAAAUUAUAAGUGUAGAUUA